CCUCGUCUCAAAAUGCUCUGCAGGAUGUUUUUGGUGUUUGUGUGUCUCAGUCUGUACAGUUCAGCCUCCUCGCUGAGCUGCAGAUGGGUGGAUCAUAAAUUCAGUCAUCUCAGCAGAACCUCGAUGGAUCUACUAGACACCCUGGCUCAUAAUUCCACUAAUUCCACUGAGGAUGCUGAAAAUAACUUCCCCAAUAAUCUGUACAGCCAGGCAUCCAAAGCAUCAGCUGAGGACAAACUGAGGUUCUCAGUUCAGAUCCUGGAGGAGAUGGCUGCCCUGUUUGUGGAGGAUCACAGCAAUGCAUCAUGGGACGAGCAAACGGUGGACCACUUUCUCUUCGUAGUGACAAAGCAGGCCGACAGCCUUCACUCCUGUAUCAAGAGCCACGGCCACAAGAGGAAGAACAAGAAGCUGCAAAUGUAUUUCAAGAGACUAUCUCAUCAUGUCCUGGAGCAAAUGAGCCACAGCGCUGAAUCCUGGGAGCUGAUCAGGAAGGAAAUGAAAGCCCAUCUGAUGAAAACAGACCAGCUGGUUCUGUCUCUACUCAGCAACUGAAACUGUUUAUUUCAUUAGAAAUGCGGUUGUUUAUGUGCUGACAUGCAGUCUAUUUAUUUAUCUAU